AUGUUUACAAUUCCAACUUUUCAAAAUUGUAUUUUUUGUAGUGAUGGUUAUAUGACAUUGAAUAGUAAUGAUAAUGGAGUUGCAGGAAGACUAACUGAAAUAAUCGAAAGAGAUGGAGGUGUAGUAGAAUGCUAUCUGGAUAAUUAUUGUUGUGACCAUAGAUUGAAUGUUUCGAAUACAAUAGCCUUCGAAAGUGGUUUUGGAUACAUAAUAGACAAGUAUUUAAACGAAAUUCCCAAAGAACAAAACCGCAAUGCAUUGAUACGGUAUAUCACACAUUAUGACUUGAAAGGUGUGAUGAACAAAGUGAGCCGUCUCAGUGAAACAAGAUUUCUUUACAACGUUUUAGUAUCAAAUUGGGUGUUUGAAUAUUAUAAAGAAUUUGUUAACUUCAUUCCGUUGUCUGGUGUUGAACAAAACAUCUCCAAAAAUCUACCAAAUGACACUGAACUAGGAGUAGUGUCUUUCACAAAUCCGAUAUUUGUUGGUAUUGUUUAUUUUGUCAAUAUGUUGAUGACAGAAAUGAAGGCUCUGAGCGACUGGUUACAAACUGAUGGCCUUUUGUUUUUUAUGGCUUAUAAAAGGAUCGAAUUGAAUAUCAAAAACCUCUUUGAUAUAAGAAUUUCAAUCAAAAGUGGUGACUUUAAAUACUUCAAAAAAUAUUUGUAUUGUGGUAACAUGCAC